CAAAAAGCUACAGGUUUCAAAUUAAGAAAGUCUUUGGAGCUCUGUCUGAGAAUACACUUAAGCUACAAAGAGGCAGAAGACUGUACAAGGGCACAAACUAUGUGCUGCCCACCCUUCAUGGAAUGAGAGGUAGCACGCCUAACUGUUGCUACUUGCGACAGUGAGCAGCUGCUGUUCAUACUUGCCUGCCUUCUAAGUUGGAGACAUACUUGCCUCCCCCUGUUGUUUUUCUUUUUUUUCCCCCAGGUUUGAGCAUUGCUCACAAACCAAGUUGUGAAAUCUGCUCCCUGUGGUGAGAGUAAUUUCCACAUUGUAUUAUGUAUAAACACAGUCCUAAAUUAUUAUGUAACUGAAAGUAAAACGGAAUAGAGGAGGGGGUGGAGCACUGAGUGCUGUCACCAGUGCAGACUUAAUCCUAGUUUCCGUAUCAACUUGCUACAUAGAUUUCCGAGGCUUCACCUGCAAGUCUUCAAAGUGAAUGUAGAAAAAAAGUUACAAAGGAGAAGGAAAAUGUGCUAGUACUACAAUGUACUUGCCUGAUCCAGAUUCUAUUCUUCUGUUCUGAGUGAUGAUGAGUUAAGCAAGAUGCUGGGGAUGGCACAGCCAACACAAAACUCUGCUGGAGCAUGGAGAAGGCUGGAGGGUCAGAAAAUACACGUGAAAAGUAUUUGUCUCCAGUAUCAACUGUAUCUACUUUUGAACAGCCAUUUCUUUUGCCUUUUAAAGAAUAAGACUGGACUAACCAUCUUCUUCCUAUGUGCUUAUGUACCAAAGACAGAAGCAAAUCACUGUAAGUGGUCAGAAGUUCUGAAAGAUUUGGAGCAGAUCAAGACAUCUGAAGACAUUGAUGUCAGUUUAUACACUGCAAGUACAGACGAGGAUAAAGAAUGCCAGGAACCCGUAAUGAGAUGCUUUUUUUUAGAGAUGAAAGUGAUUCUUCAUGAAUGUAAUAUCAAAAAAUGUAGUAGAACACAGGAUGUAUUCAACAUAUGGAAAAAUGGAAAUGCGAGAUUUGAAACUAACCAGUUGAAUUCCACAACAUCAAAAAAAUGCAAAGAAUGUGAAGAAUACGAAGAGAAAAAUUUUACAGAAUUUAUACAGAGUUUUGUAAAGGUUAUACAGAAGGAAUGCAAAUAGUACAAUGACCAAAGUACACAAGCUGGGAACAAUGACUGUUCAAGAAACAUACCUCAGAUAAAUUAGAUUGUCAAUAACACUGAACUAAAAAGAACUUCACUUCUAGUCCUAUUUGCACAGAAUAAAAAAACAAAGAAUAAUAAAA